AUGGCCGGCGGACCUGUGAUCAAGAUGAAGUACGGCCGUGUGUCGGUGACUGGGCCUGAGCAGUGUGCUGGCCCCCAGAGCCGCCAGGGCUUCAAGGGCAACGCUGGGCUCCCAGAUGCGGCUCCUGGAGCUGAUGGGACCUUUGGUUGUGGUGCAAAGACCCCGGAGGAACACUUGCGCAACGUCUUCGGCAAGAAGAUGGGCUUUACGGAUCAAGAUAUUGUGGCCCUGAGUGGUGCGCACACAAUCGGCCGUGUCUUCAAGGAACGCAGCGGAGCCUGCCCCUUUGGAUACGGUGAACAGGCAGCCUCCAAGUACACCAAGGGCAGCUGCAUCGUGCGCAAGGACAAGAAGUCAGGCUGUGGAAUGGUUGGCGGUGCCGCGUGGACGAAGAACUGGCUGACCUUCGACAACAGCUACUACACUGACUAUAAGCAGGCCAUGGACGACGACGAUCUGAUGUGGUUGCCAACUGAUGCGUGCCUUCACGAGGACCCAGAGUUCAAGAAGUUCUUCUACAAGUAUGCAGGAGACCAGGCGGCCUUCUUCCAGGAUUAUGCCUCUGCCCACAAGAAGCUCUCUGAACUGGGAUGCAAGUUUGACCCACCUGCAGGCUUCCAGAUUUGAGCAUCAAAGGGUGUGAAGUAACUGGACAAGGGCCAGACUUUGCGAUAGAUCCAGGCUUCCAAAUUCAUGGCCUGCUGGA